ACGACGUCUUUGCCAAUGACGUCAUUUUGCUACGGGGCUUGCAGGGUCUAGUUGAAGGAAGCCGCACCCUACUUGAUCUGUGUCUAGUAAACAUUUAAGUUUUUGUGUAUUCCUUCAAGAACAAGUGGUAUUUUCAGAGCGAUGAAAUGAUCGUUUGACUAAUGCUGGAAGCUUUAGAACGCCGGUGAUAGAGUUGGGCGCGGUCCUGGCCUCCGUCUGGGUGUGGAGUGGGACAUCUUUGCUUGGUGCGGCAGGAAGCCAGGGCCUUGGAAUUCCAAAAAAAAGAGCUCCUGCCGGUCCACGAGUGAGAAGCAAUUAUGAAUGAGUUGGAAAGCCUGAGGCAGGAAGCAGAAACGUUAAAAAAUGCCAUCAGAGAUGCAAGAAAGCAAGCAUGCGACACAACACUGGUCCAGGCUACCAGUUCAAUGGAGCCUAUUGGACGAAUACAAAUGCGCACAAGGCGCACCCUUCGAGGCCACCUUGCAAAGAUUUAUGCAAUGCAUUGGGGCUCGGACUCGAGGAACCUAGUUUCUGCUUCUCAAGAUGGCAAACUUAUAGUAUGGGACAGUUACACCACGAACAAAGUGCAUGCUAUUCCCCUUCGUUCAAGUUGGGUUAUGACAUGCGCUUAUGCACCAUCUGGGUUCUUUGUUGCCUGUGGUGGUCUCGACAACAUUUGCUCUAUUUACAGCCUGAAGACAAGAGAAGGAAAUGUUCGAGUCAGCCGAGAACUGCCCGGGCAUACGGGUUAUUUGUCAUGCUGUCGCUUCUUAGAUGACAACCAAAUUGUUACAAGUUCUGGUGAUAUGUCUUGUGCACUAUGGGACAUAGAAACAGGACAGCAGUAUACUUCAUUCAUUGGCCACACAGGUGACGUCAUGUCACUAUCCCUCUCGCCUGAUAUGAGGACGUUUGUAUCAGGGGCAUGUGAUGCUUCAGCUAAGCUGUGGGAUAUCCGAGAGGGCUCAUGCAAACAAACCUUCCCUGGUCAUGAAUCUGAUAUCAAUGCUGUUACGUUCUUCCCGAAUGGUUUUGCAUUUGCCACGGGUUCAGAUGAUGCAACCUGCCGCCUGUUUGACAUUCGCUCAGAUCAGGAACUAGCCAUGUAUUCACAUGACAACAUUAUUUGUGGUAUCACAUCAGUGGCUUUCUCGAAGUCUGGUCGGCUCCUAUUGGCUGGCUAUGACGACUUUAACUGUAAUGUGUGGGACUCCAUGAAGACAGAACGGGCAGGAAUCCUUGCGGGCCACGAUAACCGAGUGAGCUGUCUGGGUGUGACAGAGGAUGGCAUGGCAGUUGCCACUGGUUCAUGGGACAGCUUCCUGCGUAUAUGGAACUAGACUCAGUGCUGAUAGUUCAUUGGCUGCCAAUUCAUCUUCACCACAGUACAGUACAGUACAGGGGCACCACCAGCACAAGCCAAGGCACCGCCGGGGCCCGAGGCACCGCAAAACUAUGGCAUCUAUGAGCUGCACUGCCGCCAGAACCAAGCAUCAGGCGACGUGUGCUACAGAUGCCUUUGCUGCUGCAUCAGUCUUUUUAUUUGUGGAUCGGUUUAGGGGUGGGGAUAAAAUCUUCCCCUGGAUUUUAGCUUUUAGUUUUUAUUAUUCAAUGAGGAACAGACAAUAUUGUUUCUUUCAAAUAUUAACAUGAGAUGUGUGUGUGUGUGUGCGUGUGUGGUAAGCGAAAGCAGCUCUUUGCUUUCCACUCAAGAUCACUGAAGAAAGUUAAUGUUGAGUUCUUUUUAUAUCUUCACUGGCACAUUAUGUCAAACUUUCAAAUUCAUGCCAAAUAAUUUGCUUCUCUUUAAUUUUCAAAGUCAAGACUUCUAUUCUGAAGUCCAUUUUACAUACAAUUAGCACAAUUCACAUUUCAUCUGUUUGUCAAGAAGUGAAUGAACAGAAUCCAUAUUUAUGAGAUGCAUUUACUUGCAGUAUUUUUAGUUUUAAAUUUAAAGCAUAGUUAAAUCAAUGAUAUGUAAGGACCAGUAAUUGUUUUGUUGGACAUGUUUAUGAACUUUGUUAGAAAAGUGCCCUCAAGUAGUCUGCUUGCAUGCUGGAAGGUGGUGAUUUCGGUUGUCCCCACACCCUGGCCCACGGGCCUCUGCCAACUUAAUCACUCAAAUUGAGUGUUAAUUACCUACUCAAUUGCCAAUUGUCACUGACGGCAUUUCUAUCGCCUCAAUGAGAAACUAGCUGGUCCUCGGGUUGGUUCUGGCAACAGUACUUGGUCAGGACAAGCACUUGUUGUCUCAGCCGCGUCUCAGGCAUUUUUGCCACUGUUUUCAAAGCUCAGUUUGUUAACUGAGUCAGGGGGGCUGGGACCACUACAAGCUGAGCAGGCUGAAAUAGCAACCAACCCGACCCUCUGGUUCCACUCUUUUAAUCAAAAGUCAAAGGUGGAUGUUGGAACAAAUAGCACAUGGAUAAGUCAGUUUCGUAAUUUUGUAUUGGUUUGGAAGUCUGUGUUAUCCUUUUCUUUCCUUGUAAUAUAGAACAUAGAAUCUUUCCACGUCAUUGUUUUUCAUCUCUGUACCACAAAGAACUUAAGUGUAAUGCAAAAAAAAAAAUACUGCCAACAUUAAUUUUAUGUGACUGUACCAAACAUAUAGACCUUACCCUUUUGCAAAAAAGUAAGUAUAAUGUAAUGGAAGUUUGUGGAAGUAUGAGAGUGGUUCCAUUUAUUUUCAUUUUAUUUUUCAAUUUUGAGACUUGUGUGAGCAACUUCCAAAGGGCUGUAAAUACGCAUUUAAAAGCUUUGUAGAAAAAAAACAAAACAAAAUCUCUAGUGUUAUGAGAUGCAGUUCUGAUAUAUAGUCAGUUGCAUUGAAAAUUCGAUAAAUGGGAUUUUGCAAGAGAAACGACAAACUCAUUAAAUUGGAUAUUGCAAAUUAUUUGAAAAAUAGAAUAUUGCAACUUUUUAACUGCCAAUGAUUCUAAAUUUUUCUCUCUGGAGUUGUCAUUACACUUUGAUUUCAAUUAUCACUCUCCCUUAACUUGUACUUCUGUAGUGUCAACUGUGUUAUUAAAACGAACUGUGAAUCUUCAGAUACCUUCAAAACUUCAAAUACCACUUUCAAAUACCUGUUUUAUUCUUCCACUCUUCCCCACCCCGUUUUUAUCACUUUUCUUAUUUGAUUUUGAAUGUUUUGGAUAGUUAAAUCCUAAAGAGUUGAUUUUUAUUGUGAGCAGAUAUUUCCUAAAGAGCUGAUUUUUAAUGUAUGUGAAAUUAUUAUUCCUAUGGAGCUGAUUUUUAUUGAUAAAAACAAUUAUUCUUGUGGAGUUGAGUUUUAAAAUUGUGGCGCCCUGUUUCCUAAGGAGCUGAGAGGUCGACCUUUCAACAUGUACCAUCCUGAACCUGCCCCCUGAUGCACAGCAGGACACUGUCUUAUGGUAAAGAAUUUUGUACUUUAUUUAUGAAGUUGAUGGCUGAUAUGUAAUUAAAAGCAGUUUGUGUAAAUAAUUCGAACGAAUAGAUGCCAUGGAAAGUGUUCCUUUUGUUCCCUUUUUGUUUUCCUCUCACAAACGCAUUUCAUUAUUUAGGUUUCCUCUGGAAUGUGUUUUUGUGUGUUUGAAUAUUGUGAGUCAUGUAUGCGUGUGUGAUAGUGUGAUGUGUGAAUGUGGUCUUCAUGUGCAGAGUGUGCAGGCUAUGUAAUUUAAUUUUGUGUGUAAUUGCCUGUCUUGAUGUCUCACAAGCCAAGAAGCUGAUGUUGAGUAGCGUCUCUGCUGCUCACUUUAUAUUUAUCAUUUGUCAUUGUCAAAACCAUUGUCUCCUCUUCAAAAAUUCACCAAAUGAAUUUUUGUUUUGUUUUUAUCUUUGAUAUAUAUUUUUUGUUUCAAUUAUUCCAUCCCCUUUUUAUGUUAAAGAAAGGAGAUCUGUAGAGGAGCAUUCUGCACUGAUUUUUGCUUUGGCCACUGCCUGUGGGUUGUGUUGGCGUGAGAAAGGUCAGUGUGGCACAUAGCGCCUCAAUGUUUGUACGUGUUUGCUAAGUGCUAAUACAGCUCCACCAAGCUUCAUUUUCUCUUGCUAAGUACAAUUAAUUGAAUGAAGUACCUAAGGGCUGACCAUCAAUAAAAUAUCAUUAUAUUCUAAAUAUAUACGCCGCAAGCGUGGUGCAACUCUUGCGAGAAUCACUUUAAAAUGUCAUACAGAAUGCGAAUGCUAUACCACAACUUCUUAUUGACUGGCAGGCCGCGUGCUUGAGGGGAUGGGUGUUGACUGUGUAGGUGAUUGACCAAAUGUGGCUGCACCUAGACCUGUCAUGCCGCCACAUAUGGGCUCAGGGUCUUUUUCCUGCACUAGUUGUGUCCACCGCCACUUCAACCAUGCCUGCCUGCAAUGGGCCCCCAGAUUUCCGACAAAAGUCUUAGUUAUAUUAUUCAUAAAUCUUUUCUCGCAAUUCUGGGAGCCCUACAGUCAGAAAGAACCAAUUAAUGUUUGUAUAAAGUGUGUAUUCUGUCCUCUCAAUAUAAUUUAUUUUAAAAAUGGAAUAUUUCUACUGUUCUUAUUAACAUGGUACUGUACUGUAUGAUUUUGAACAAAACAACAUGGUUAAGUACAGUCUAACUGUGUGUAGCUAGAUAGUCCUUUCUAUGAAAUGAUAUGGAAUGAUUGUGAAUACGAGCUGACAUCAUUUUUUAAAGGAAAAAAACCCGUGUAAAUGUAGUCAAAACGUGUGAAAAUACCAUGUUAAGGAAACUUUGCCCUAAAAAAAACCCUUGCUGUUUCCUUGAAGUGACAUGAAUUCUUUGGUAGAAUGUAGCCAUUAUUGUAUCUUUUGAUCGGCAGAGGCACAUCACUGUCCAGGAAAAUAAGUUAUUGACAAGGGUUGGAACAAAAUGCACAAUCUGCUAUCCAGGCAUAUUGUCCUGUUCUGAUUAGAAACAAAUGGUCCUGAAUUUGAUAAGACUCAUUAAUUGAUCCCUGCACAGUUUGUGCCCGAUUAAAGUUUACAAAAUUCUCUCCUGAUCACUAUUCCAUAGAUAUUUGAAGGAGACGUCCUUCUCUCCUAAAAUGUCACAUUUUCAGUUGUUUAUUUGUGUAAUGAUAAGCAUCAAUCAUGGGUGAGUUGAGUCAGAACUAUCCAUAACUACCUACCUAAAAAUUACUAAAGUAGUGUUAUUUUGUUCCUUUUUGUAUCUAUGAGAAUGUAAAAAAACAAAAACAAAAAAAAAACACCAUCGCUGUUAGCUUCUGAAAGUUGUGUUUUGUGGUCUGUCUUGUAAAGUAACAUUAAAGUCUCAUUUGUCCAAAUAAA